UCGGGAGAUUAGAAUCUAGAUAUAAAGUGAACCCGUUGUGAGAACACUUCAAGUUCGUUUUUUUCUAGCUCUCUGUUGAAAAGGUUUUUUUAGUGUUAAUAGGACAAAACUUUGUGCCAAUCAGUAGACUUGUAGAAUAAACCGUAAAGCUACCGUUUUAAUUUGGCUUAUGAAACUACAAACUACCGCAUCGAGUGGAACUCCUUCCUUUAGUAACCAGUCGUUUGGUGCAGCAUACAAUUUUAAACGCACUCUAACGUUUUAUAUCGCUUAAUUAAUAUGGACCGCGGGGGUUGUAGUUUAAGUGGCGGGGGUGGGGGUGAACGUCAGGCUAGUGAGAGACAGGAGACAGGAUCCCAGUCUGGGAUGAUCACCCUCGAAGAACUAGAGUCUCUCUCAGAAGACCAGAUCUUAGACUCGGGCAAUGGUAGUUUAGAGGAGGGAGAGAUAGUGGAAGGAGAACAAGACAGAUUGCUUCACUACUGGCAGGACAUCGCCAGAGGACAUCGAGUGGAGGUGCCAAGAGACAUGGCAGAACCUAUUCAACAGCUAACGACCAAUAAUAAUGGCACACACAACCGGGAGACUGUUCCAUUUACGCUCAUUUCCCGUAAAGAAAAGGUACGCAUCCAUCAAUGCAAAUCAAUGACAGGUCUGGGGGGGGCGGUUGGCUUGCAGUGUGGGGACGUGCUUUAUGAGAAGCGCAACUACAAGAAGGCAUACUGGGCCUGCAUCACUGUGAAGGAGGAGACUUAUGAACAAAGCAUCUGCUAUGGGUUCAUGAGGAUCAUGAGAUACAUCUGCCAGCAGAAUUCACUAGGUAGUUACCUGGGGAUGACUUUACCCAUCGUGACAGUGCUCCGCACAAAUGAAAUGCAUACAACACUGUCUGGAGCGGUCACGGUAGCUUACUACCUGCCCUCACAACACCAAGCGCAACCACCACAGCCCUAUGACACAGGGGUAGUCAUCGAGCAGUGGCCAGCUACUAUUGUCUACACCAGAGCCUUCACUGGUGCCACAAACGAGACGAUCAUCUUAAAUGAGAUCAACAUACUGGCAGAGUUGCUGGAUUCUCCAGAGCUCUAUGUCACUGACUCCUUCAUUGUGGCUAGCUACACAAACCCUGCAGCUGCCAAUCGAGAGAAUGAGAUGUGGUUCUUCAAGAGGCCUUGAGGUUGUCCUACAGAAACACACCAGUCCCUGAACCUUCAGUGCCCUUCUUCAGCACCCAGCACUCUGCUAUUCUCAUGACCUCAACGUCAGUAGGCACUUUAUUAUUUUCAUUAUGUAAAAUGACAGGGUGAGUAAAACCCAGAAAAAGGAAAUCUCUUACUUUCCUGAUGAAAACCAGUCAAUCAGUAUAAAAGAUAAAAUUAUCUUAAGAAUUGGAAUUCACAGGGCUCUUAAAAUAACCACCCAAGACCACAGAAAGGGCCUGUAUACUUUAUGAAUGCUUACAUUUUUCCAUGUAGAAAUCUAGAGGGAAUGUACAUUUAAUAGUGAAGCUACAAGGACAGGGCAAACAAUUUCUCUUUCUUUCUCUCUCUCUCUCUCUCUUUCACACAUUUCACACACACUCUCACUCAUGUGCAUAUAUUCAUAUGCACACACACCCCCACACACAACCCUGCACAGAAAAACAGACGGAUUUCUUCAGUUCGGUAGGAAAAAAACAGGAAAUGCAUCACUGUGAACCAAAUGCUGUCUGACAAUCAAACAUGCUACUUGUGCAUCUUUCCCUAUGGAGUGUUCUUCAAAGUCUUACUCACUGAACACUAACAUGCCUCUCAUUUCUUUUUUGCAUUGCUUUGAGUCAGUGUUAGUAAGAGUGCAUUUACUUCAAGCCAUUAAAGACCAUUUCUGUCACAGAGAAAACCAGUGUAAUAGAGAACACAUUACACUGUACCACACCAAAAGACAAGAUACAGCUGUAGUUUGAUUUGUGGUUGUUUCAGAAAUAGUUUUCAUUUUAACUCUAAGUAUUUUUUAAAUCAAGGAUAAAUAGGUUAUAAGAAGUCAAUAAGUUAUACAACAUGCAUAUUUGGGCUUGCCAAACCAUCAAAAGACUCCCAGAAUCAAUGUAGAACACUUUUAAAUGUUAAUAGAAAGCCUGAAUUGGAAUACAUAUACACUAACAAACAUUCAAUUUUACACCUGGAGUUGAGAACCAACAGUCACAAAACUAAUGCUAAACAUGAAAUUAAACAUUAUUUUUGAUUGAAAGAAAGCUAUCUUUUUAAAUGUUUACCAAUUGCUUUUAUUGUUUUGGAUUAUUUCUGAAUUCUUAACAUAUAUACACAAUUGGAAUUCUACAAAGGAUGUCAAAUAUCCUCUGCCAAACCGUUAGAGCUUCACAUAGGGCCCAGCCCACUCACUUCAUACAAGAAACCACAACAUCACAAGCUCUUCACAGUGGUCAUCAGGUAGGCACCUCCCUUCAUCUGUGUUUCAUGAAGUUAAGCCCAUGACACCUCCAGAAGGCUGAAUAGUGAGGUCUGGUGAGCCAGCCACACUCCCCUCCAAACUCUUAACAAAAGUUGCCCCAGUUUAAACCUAAACCCAAACUGGACUCCGUGGUCACUAAGGCUGUACCGAUCCCCACUGGCACCGUUAAUGCAUGGGCAGUGCUACCAGUUCCAUCUGGAUAUACCGCAUAACACAAUGACAAAAAUAGUAAGAAUUAUAUGAAGAAAAAUAUAGUCUGCCAAGCAGCAACACAAGUGAAAUGUUAUCACUUAUACUGUGUAUGACUUAUAUGAGUAUGAGUAUGAGUUAUACUGUGUAUGAGUAUGAGUUAUACUGUGUAUGAGUAUGAGUUAUACUGUGUAUGACUAUGUAUGUGACAAAUAAACCAAACUUGAACUUUUGCACCAUGGCUACAUGGUAAAGUUCUGCUCAUUAGGGAUCAUCCAUUUUUAAUUAGUUUUUUGUCUGCUUUGUUUGUGUUUAUCUUUUUCAGUGUUUUGUAGAAGUGUAAUGUAAAGUAAUGUAAAGUAUAAAAGUGCAAAGACAAGACAUAAGCUACUGUGAAUUACUUCAGUGCUUUCCUAAUUUUUAU